AUGAUCUUUCAUGCCCCGGAGUCAGAGAGUUCCGACCCGCGAGUUUGUUAUGAGCAUGAUGGCACGUUCUUACAAAAUUUGGUUGAUAAACUCCUGGACCCCGAUGAGCUAGGUAUUCAUAUAAAACGAGUAUUACGCGUGGGAAAACGAACGGCAAACCCGCUUCGUCCGUUGCGAAUUGUUUUUGAAAAUGUCUUCACCCCA